CUUGUAGCGAGGGGUUUAAUUUUCACUUCCUCCCAGCGGCUCUCAACGCUCCCGGGAGGUGGGGCGCCUGGCAUCCGUGUGUGGUUUUGGGGUAGUAACCUCUCCCCGGGCGGCCGCCCGCCUCCACCCACUGCGGCGGCCGUGACAUCACGGGCGAUUCCCGGGUCCCCGCCCGGCCUAUAAAGCUGCAGGUGCGCGGCGCGCCUCCGGAAUGUUCGCACACCUUGCCUCGGCGCCGGAGCGGAACCCAGGGAUUCCCAGGCGAGCUCCAGGAGCUCCCUCCAGCACCAGAGCCCUACCGGGCCUGCGGGCACGGCCGCACGGCCCCCCGCCGACCCCCCCUCUCUGCCACCACCUCCUCCUCCCGCCCGCAGCUCCGGUCCGAGUUGCCCCAGAGACCGCGGCGCCGCCGCUCGGAGGGACCAAUGAGAGCCCCGCUGCUGCCGCCGGCGCCUGUGGUGCUGUCGCUCCUGAUCUUCGGCUCAGCCCAUUAUACUGCUGGAUUAGAUGCCGUCAAUGACACCUACUCAGGGAAAGGGGAAACGUUUUCUGGGGACUACAGUGCUGAUGGACUUGAGGUGACCUCAAGAAGUGAGAUGUCCUUGCAGAGUGAGAUUUCCCCUGCAAGUGAAAUGCCUUCUAGUAGUGAACUGUCCUCAGGGAUCGACUAUGACUAUGCAGAAGAUUAUGAUAACGAACUGCAAAUAUCUGCCUAUGUUGUAGAUGAUUCAGUCAGAGUUGAACAAGUAGUUAAGCCUAAGAAAAACAAAACUGAAGGUGAAAAGACUUCAGAUAAACCCAAAAGAAAGAAAAAGGGAGGCAAAAAUGGAAAAAAUAGAAGAAACAGAAAGAAAAAAAAUCCAUGUGAUACAGAAUUCCAAAAUUUCUGCAUUCACGGAGAAUGCAAAUUUAUAGAGCACAUGGAAACAGUAUCGUGCCAAUGUCAUCAGGAUUACUUUGGUGAACGAUGUGGGGAAAAGUCCAUGAAGAUUCACAGCACGGUCGACAGCAAUUUAUCAAAAAUUGCUCUAGCAGCUAUAGCUGCUUUUGUCGUCGCCGUGACCUUCACAGCUAUUGCUGUUGUUAUUACAAUCCUGGUUCGAAAACGAUACUUCAGGGAAUGUGAAGGUGCAGCUGAAGAACGAAAGAAACUUCGACAAGAAAAUGGAAAUGCACAUGCCAUGGCAUAACUGAAGAGAAUAUUGCAGGGUAUCAGAUAAGAAUCACUGCCAAGUCACAACAACGAGUGAUGUGUUGGUUCCUCUUUCCAGUGGAUCCUGAGAAAACAUAACCUUUUUGUUCUGACAUUUUUAAACUUUCAAUUGUCACUCUUUAAUCCUAAGUCUUAUUUCUGUACAUAAAGAUGCAUGGAGAUAAAAAGUAUUUUUUCAAGUUGUAAAUAAUUUAUUUAAUAUUUAAUGGAAGUGUAUUUAUUUUGCAGCUCAUUAAACUUUUUUUAAUCAAA